UUGAGCUACAUAUCGUGACCGUAACGUCUCUACGUAAACUGGUGUUGCGCAAGCCAAACAAAAUGUCGAAAGAAAGUGAACGCAAACGGCGUCAGUACGCCUGGCAUGGCAGUCUGGUCGCACGCCAUCGCUCCGACACUCGUUCCAUGACAGCCAAAAGCGCGCGACUUUUAAAAUUCGAACGCCGAAUUUGAAAAAGUGUUUUGUUUUUAAGUGACACAGACUAAAAAUAAACAGAUUGUAAAUAUGGAUUUACAAAGUGAGGCGAGUCAGGAGACGAGAAUUUUAAUUCCAAGACAUGUGAGUGCCGAAAAAGCACUUGCAGCAUCGAACAAUGCAGUGAAUACGUCGUUUUUGUGCCAUAGCUACAGUCUUCAACCUGAUUUCAGAACGUAUGUGGAAGCACUGCAAGUAUACGGCUGGGUGCUAUGGUCGUCCGCUCUACUUUGUGUGUGCUGCGUGUGCGCACUGUACGCGUUCAACUUGCGCUCCGCGCUUCGUCAUUGGCGAAACGCGUUCUGCCAUGCCGCCGUGGUCCUAGCCGUGUAUCCUGUGGUAUCGCUGUCAGCAUUCUUCGCGCUAGUGGUACCACGGGCGCAGCUACUGUCAGAGGCGGUGUCACAGGAGGCUGUGAUGCUGGGGCUGUACCACUUCUACUGCCUUGUGGUCGCUGAAUGCGGCGGCCCGGAGUUGAUCGUCAGACGAUCAGAAGGAGCCCAGCUCGAGACGCGAGUGCUGCCGUGCUGCUUCUGGCCAUGUUGCGUCAUCCCUCGGCCAAAAUUGCAACCGAAGCAUUUCAAAUGGCUACAGUACCUGCUGCUACAAGUGCCGAUCAUACAGGGCCUGAUCUACAUAACCAUACUGAUAUUCCGAUCUGAGGACCUUAGUAUCUAUCUGAAGAACUACAUGUAUUUCCAACCCCUGGUGGCAGCGUCCAUACUUUCUGGUAUUUGGGGCAUCAUGAUGUGUCUUCGAGCUGCUGAAGCUACAGGCGGCAGACCGAGGCCCCGUUUCUUGGCCCUACAGUUCGUGCUUAUCAUUGUGAAGGUUCAGUGCGGACUCGCCAAGAUCAUCCCAACGACAGCACACCUGCCUUGCCUACUGGCGUUGAAUCCAGCUGUGGUUUCUGAUUUGAUCCACAACACAAUCACGAUAUUGGAAAUGCUGCUGCUCUCCAUCUGGGCUUGGAGACUGUACAAGGUGCCGCCGGGCAAGAUCUUAGAGAAGGAGAAUAUUAUUACCACCGAAUAGAAUUCCGCUCCUAAUGUUAACACUCUUCCAGUUACAUUCUAAGAAGAGGUCUACUUGACCCAGUGGCGGAUUUGCCCUAAGGCUCAGUAGGGCCGGGCCUAGAGCGGCAUGAUAUUAGGGGCGGCAGCAAGACAGCAGUCUAUAUGAUGGGUGCUGAGAAGGGGCGGCUAGUAGUUCCUACAAGGCCUGGGGCCUAGGGCGGCCAACACUGCAAGUCCGCCACUGACUCGACCGCUUAAUCCUAAGAAGUAAGCUCUUUGUGAAAUGGAAAAAAAAAACUGUCAUCUAGCAUUCCAACUCUGAACCAAAGGCUUCGAGUAAUAAAUCUCCAACACACUGUCCAAAGUCGGCUGUCUUCAAUUUCAGCAUUGAACGAAUUUGCUGGGAGCAUUUUAAGGUUGAGAUUAGGAGAUUAGCUUUGGUCAAGAGAGCGUGCGACUUAACUGCAAGUUCAAAAAUCGUACGAAGACUUCUAACUCUAAUGAAGGAUAACUCACCUUACGCAAUAAUUUGCCAGACAAGAACUACCGAAGUGUAUCUAUAGGUGCCAGUAGGCUACGGUUAUCGUUUAUCUUUAGUCGGGAAAUCAUAUGCUUAUUGCUUAUUCUCAAAAAUGAAAAUCGAUAUUUCUUUAUCUGCCUCUCUAUCACUUGAGAAAUUGUAGUAAUCUGGGCGUUGACUGGUAAAUGGUAAUAUAGUUAGACCAAGAAAAGAGUGCAGAGAUAUUGACAGCAUAUGCAGGUGUUAUUUCAAACGUCAAACUUCUUUGAAAUUAUGACGUACUUAUAAAUAACA